UGAAAACUUCCCGUGAAGGAGGCAGCGGGCUCCUGCAGAGAGCCUGUUAUUGUUUAUGCUGAUGUAAAGUAGGUCAUGAUGGAAGAAGGACGCUCCGCCGUCGCGUGUUAACAAUCAAAUAAUCAGAGGCUUCGAGGAGCACGGUCUCCGUGGGGUUUGUCCGGGGUUUCCCGUGGACGCGGGUUGGUGUACAAGACAGCAUCUGGACUGAUGCCCUUCCUCCAGCAUCUGGACUGAACCCUCUUCUCCUGGUGAGACACUGUUGCUGCCAUGUCCAGGCACAGCAGGAACAGUUGUGCAUGGAGAUAUGUUUGGGGGGGGAUACGACGGGAUGGCGAUGCCCGGGCACCUGAAGAAUGGAGCCAUGACCGCCGAGAGUACAGUGAUUCGGACUCUGAGGCAGACUUCUCCGCAGUGAUGGUCCCUCCGGUCCCCAGUGCCGUGCCUGUCACUGGAGAAUCCUUCUGUGGCUGCGACUCCCAGGCUGAGACCAACUACAACCCUUGUCUGCGAGGUUUUCACCAAGUUAAAGACUGCCACUGUGGCGAGGAUGACCAAGAGUUUGACUGGGUUUGGGAUGGCAACAGCCUAUCGACGGCAACAUUACUGAGCUGCGACAAUCGAAAAGUGAACUUCCACUCUGAAUACAGUUGUGGCACAGCAGCAAUCCGUGGCUCCAAAGAGCUGGAUGAAGGGCAGCACUUUUGGGAGAUCAAGAUGACGUCUCCAGUGUAUGGAACAGACAUGAUGGUCGGCAUCGGAACUUUUGAUGUCAAUCUAGACAAAUUCAGACACUCGUUCUGCAGCCUGUUGGGAAAAGAUUCAGAAAGCUGGGGUCUUUCUUACACUGUGGUGGUCUUCCUCUUGUCAGGCUUGUUGCACCAUAAAGGAGACAAGAUUAACUUCUCUUCCCGGUUUGGACAGGGAUCCAUCAUCGGGAUCCAUCUGGACACAUGGCACGGCACACUCACUUUCUUCAAGAAUCGCAAGUGUAUAGGUGUUGCUGCCACAGAGCUACAAAAUAAGAAGUUUUAUCCGAUGGCGUGCUCCACAGCAGCGAAAAGCAGCAUGAAGGUGAUCCGGUCCUGCUCGGCACCCACCUCCCUGCUGUACCUUUGCUGUGCCCGCCUUCGCCAGCUGCUGCCUGACUGUAUGGACACCCUGGAUGUGCUGCCGCUGCCACCAGGCCUUCGCCAGUUGCUCCACAACAAACUGGGCUGGGUGCUCAGUCUCAAUAGUGGCACCACAGAGGAAACCUCAGAUGGGCCUGAGCGCCCCUCCUGCUUGCCUGCCCCCCCUCUAGCUGCACCGUCCUCCUCUGAGAGCGACUCAGAAGCCUGUCGGAGGAAGAGAUGCCGCUGGACGUGACUGCAAAGCUCGACUCCACUUCCCCUCAAACGCAGGCAGACGUUAAUGUCCUAUGGCAUCUGAUCUAGUAUGUCCUACCUGCCUCAAGCUUUCCUCCACAUCAAUAUUAUCCAGUGGCGAAGAAAAUAACCAGGAUGGCAGUGGUACGUAAGUGGGAAACUGACGCAGUGUUUCUGCCUACAUGCUUUACUGUGAUCUUCUCUCAUGCCAUUCAGAUAUCUUCGUGCUCUUCAAACAUUCAGUCUCCAGACCAGCUUCAGUAAUAAGUAGAAACGGUGUGGUGUUAUGUUAGCUUCCAUAAUUUGUUGCCAUUCAUGUAGAUGGCGAUGAGUGAGAUGAUGCAGGAAGGACUGUACAACGUAACACUGAAGUCACGAAUGGUCAAAUUCUGAUGGUCAUCGUGGUACAUUUGCAAAAAGGGGUUUCAAAAAUGAGACUGUAUAUUUUAGGGAUGCACUGAUGCUGACAUUGGACCGAUUUUGACUCAAAUAGUGACAUAGGGGACAAUCUAUUCAAUUAUAUUCUAUGUUUAUAGACCGUAAACUUUAUAUACGGGAAUUUAAAUUCCUGUUCAAGUUUUGACCAAGUUGUUGGUGCAUUUAAAAAAAGUUUUACUCUUGAAUUGUAAUUCCUGAUAUCUUUGAAGAUUUUUUGUACGAGUUAUUAUUUAAAUAAUGUACACAAAUUCAGUAAAUGUAUAUCUAUGUAUUUAGUAAAGCAAUCUUUCCUUGCACAUAAAAUAAAGAUACCAGUCACUUCCACACUGAGGCAAACAGCUUAUUAAUUAAUUUAUUAAAAACAGACAUCUGUACUCUGCAUCUACUGUUACCCAAAGCACAAGUUUCAGUAUCUGUAUUGGGACUGAAACAUUGGUGCAUCCCUUUUUAUAUGUUUUGUGUUUUCAACCUGGAUGCAAAUAAUGUAUAUUGUUCUCAACCCCAAUGCUUAUUAUGCAUUAUCAAAGUAAUAUGUUUCAUGUUUUACUGGCAUCUGCAAUUUUCUGUUAGGUCGCCGAAGGGAGACACUAAGUCUCGUGAGUGUAACAGACAGGAAGUGACACCCCAGAGGUCUUAGAGUAUUCUGUAUUUCUUACCUCGAAGUCACAGCUUGAAGGCAAAAAUGUUUCAAUGGAUCAAAAACCUUUUCCAAGAAGUUUGAAUGAAUGUAUUUUGCAUCUUUUAGUGCUCAGAAAAAAUUAUAUAUUCCAACCAUCAUCGCAAAACAAUUAAAUACACCAAAAAAUGUGAAAUAUGUAUUGUACACUUCUGGCAACAUCCAUCCGUCACCAGUUUUUGAAAGUGUCCUGUUGAAAUCGUUUGCCACGUGUUUGUAGAAACGAUGGUUUCCUCUUCUCUAAAAGAUGUGAGCAGUAAAUCCUUGUUAUUCAGUGUCGCUCUUUGAAAUGGGAUCAUGAGACUAGUUCAGCAGUACUGUGCAGCAGUACUCAGGAGAGACUGCUGCACACAAGGAGUAACUUUUCAUCACUGUUGCACCUUUUAUUGUUUUUUAGAACUUAAAAAAAAAAAAGGUUGUUUGAUUCUAAGCAGUUUUAGUGUUUUUAAAAACAUUUUUUACUGAUCUGUUUCUGCAAGUGUGAUGUUUUGGUCAUCCCAAGGCCUUCUCCCACCACUUCCUGUACCGACUAAUUAAUCAUUCUCUAUUCUAAACCCUUUUAGUAUCAAACACUCUAAAAAGUUCCUUGUUUUAUACAAAUUAGAUUCCAAACAGCAGAAAAUGAGUUUCAAUACCAUUAUAGAAACUUCUCAGACUGCUCCUGGUGAUAAUAACGAAUCAUAUUUAUUAAUAAUAACCAUUUUUUAAAUAUAGUAUACAUAUUGAGCACAUGAGAGGACAGUGCAGAGGUGGUUUACGCUGCAGAAGGAGUUUGCAAUGUUUCAGUGGAUGCUUUGAUGCUCAUGUAAUACAAACAUUUACAGACACCUUUCAGGCCUCAGUGGUGUUCAGGUCGGGUAUGUAAAUAUCUAUAUUUUUGUUCCUUUUGGAGUUUCAAACUAUACCAAUAGAAGUAUAAAGAUAGUAUAAAGAUAUGUGGCCUCUUUGUUGAAGCUAUUCAGUCUGCCAACUGCUGCCUCAGUCACCUUUCUUCGGUCAUGUUCUCUCCUCAAGGGUCCUGGUUCAAGUAGAUGUGCACAAAGAUUUAUGCUCAUAUGCAAUACAAGCGUCUUAUGCGAUAAUGGUUUUCAGAAGGAAUGUGUGUUUUAAGCUGUUAGGAUGGAGGCACUGACGCAACAACAGCGGUGAAGGUAGCAGAGGACCAUGAUCGUUAGCCCUGAGUCAUGCGACAUGACGCACUUAAUCCUGUCCAGCUGUGUAACGAGUGAUCAGAAUAUUCCCUAUAGAUCUGGUAAUGUAAGAGAUUAGUUGUAGUCCAUCAGAUUUAUUUGUGUCUUAUUUCACAGCAUUUGUCUUCACAUUGAUGCAUACAAGCACUUUUUCUUACUGUCGUACUGUAAAUAGAACAAUUAUAUAAGUGUUUCUUCUAUACUGUGUCAUAUUAAUAUAAUACUGUAUGUGAAGGCCUUUACUCGCCUUUUUCUGUAUAACUCAUCAGCAUGCCUUUCAGCUGAAAAUAAAUGAAUGCUAAAUAUG